AUGCUGAGGAUCAUUGUCCAUCAUGGGCUGGCCUUUGACGUGACCAUCAGCGACCUCCCCCAACGCCCCUUCUUUACCAGGGUGGCGCGGCUUCUCUCUCGCGCGGGAUAUGCGCGGAGGACCGCCAACGCCUGCUACAGGAAGUUUAACCUCCUAUACAUCUCCCUCCAGAUAUUCGACUUGUUGGGGGGGGAACUACCACCCCACUACGACCGGCUGGUGGAGGUUCGGAAUGCGGCCCGCGCAGAGAUGGCCGUUCGUAUGGAGGCGGAAAACCAAAUGGACAUGGCGGGGCAACAGGGCAUUCAGCAGUGCCUCCAAGAGCGAUACCCUGGCCAUGGGCCAGAGUGCGAAAUAUGGGGGUUGGUGAGAGAACUGCGUGCCUCCGAAGGAGUACCGGUGAUCUUAGUGCGUUUCUGGGGGCAGAAGCAACAUUCCACGGUUCCUUUUGAACUGAAUGCUGGUCACUCGGUGCUGUCAAGAGACAUGGAAACCGAUAACUGGAAGAAAAGAUUUGUCAUUCGAGUGCUGCUGGUACUACUGUUGCUGCUUGUACUGCUGACUUGUAGUGUGUGCAAGAAGCAUUCCAUUAAUUGCACCACGGAAGUGGAUCCUCUUCCUCUGUCUCAUGAGUUUUCUCAACCUGGUGGCCUAGUCGUUGGUGGGAUUGCUUCUCAGGUCUUCUUAGUGCAUGAGACACAUUCUUUUGAGACGCAACCCGCCCAGAUGUUGAUUAACGAACCUAUAUCAGAGCCAAAGAACUACCAGCACAUCUUGGCCUUGGCCUUUGCUAUAAAGGAGAUUAAUGAGAGUCCCCACAUCUUGCCCAACAUUACUUUGGGUGUCCGCAUCCUCAACAGCUAUUAUAAUGCAAAGAUGACCAACAAAGCCACCCUGAGUUUGCUUUCCACGCAGCAGCAGUUUGUCCCCAACUACAAGUGUGCUAUUUUUAAAAAUCUGACAGCCGUCAUUGGAGGACUUGACUCUGAAACUUCUGUUAACAUGGCCACCAUUACUGCCAACUACAAGGUGCCACAGCUCACUUAUGGAUCAUUUUCCCCAGCACAGAGUGAUGAAACUCAGUUCUCUUUCUUGUACCAGAUGGUCCCAAAGGAAGCCUAUCAAUACAUGGGAGUUAUCCGCUUACUUCGGCAUUUCAAUUGGACAUGGAUUGGGCUCUUAGCUGUGGAUGAUGACAGGGGUGACAGGUUUUUGCAAACGGUGGUACCACUGCUGUCUCAAAAUGACAUCUGCUUUGCUUUCACUCUGAGAUUACCAAAACUGACUUAUCUGAAUGAUUUGACAGACUCUGUUUUAAGACAGGCAGAAAUGUCUUUGGUUGCUUUUGACAACAAAGCUACUGUAUGCUUUGUUUAUGCAGAACAUCCAUCCCAAUUCAUUUUGAGAUUGCUGCUGUUUCUAGCACCCUUGAUCUCAUUUCCACCUGUGCACAAAGUAUGGAUUGUUACAUCUCAAUGGGAUUUUGAAUCCCUGUCCGUACAAAGGACUUGGGAUAUAGAAAGUUUCCAUGGUACCAUAUCCUUCGCAGUUCACUCCAAUCAGCCACCAGGUUUCCAAAAAUUUCUUCAAGCCAUAAACCCCUCCUGGGCAAAAAGAGAUGGUUUUAUCCAGAACUUCUGGGAGCAGGCAUUCAGCUGUUCCUUGAAAGUUUCCAGCAUUCAUGGUGAUAGCAAGAACACUUGCACAGGUGAGGAGAAGCUGGAGACUCUUCCUGGGAUUUUCUUUGAAAUGAGCAUGACUGGCCACAGCUACAAUAUCUACAAUGCUGUCUACGCUGCGGCACAUGCUUUGCAGGCAGUAUACCUUUCCCGAUCCAACCAGAGACGAUUGUUGAAAGGAGAGCAGUUGGUGCUUCGGAACCUGCAGCCAUGGCAGCUGCAUCGUUUUCUAAGGAACAUCACAUUCAAUAACAGUGCGGGUGACACUAUGCAUUUUAAUGAAAAUGGGGAACUGAGAGCUGGUUUUGAUGUUACAAACUGGAUCACUUUCCCAAAUGGCUCCUUCACUAGAGUAAAAAUAGGAAGACUUGAUCCUUGGGCUCCUCCUGGCAAAGAAUUAACAAUUGAUGACAAUAAAAUUGUGUGGCAUAGAACCUUUAACCAGGUUGUGCCUCUUUCUGUCUGCAGUGAAAACUGUAGUCCUGGCUACAUCAGGAAAAAGAAGGAGGGAGAGAAAUUUUGCUGCUAUGAUUGUGUUCCAUGUCCAGAAGGAAUGAUCUCUGAAAAGAAGGACAUGGAUACCUGUAUCAAAUGUCCACAAGAUCAUUAUUCCAACAAUUACCAAAAUCACUGUGUUCCCAAAGAUACAAGCUUCCUUUCUUACAAAGAACCAAUAGGUAUCACCUUAGCUACCUUGGCUAUUUCCUUCUCUUUGGCCACAGUUUUGGUGUUUGGGACAUUUGUGAAGCAUCGGGACAGUCCCAUAGUCAAAGCCAACAACCAAAGCCUUACGUAUAUCCUGUUAAUCUCCCUUGUUUAUUGCUUCCUCUCCUCUUUGCUGUUCAUUGGGCAGCCCGGAAAGGUGACCUGCCUUCUCCGACAAAUGACUUUUGGCGUCAUCUUCUCAGUAGCCAUUUCUACUGUGCUGGCCAAAACCAUUACUGUCGUUUUAGCCUUCAUGGCUACCAAACCAGGAUCUAGGAUGAGGCUAAUUAUAGGGAAAAGACUGCCAUAUUCUGUUGUGCUUUCCUGCUCCCUCGUUCAAGUGGGCAUUUGUGUUCUUUGGCUAAGUACUUCCCCUCCAUUCCCAGAUAUGGAUAUGCUCUCAAGGAAUGAGGAAAUCAUACUGGAAUGUAAUGAGGGCUCAGCAGCAGUGUUUUACUGUGUCUUGGGCUACAUGGGCUUCCUGGCGAUAGUCAGCUUCAUUGUGGCUUUUCUAGCCAGGAAGUUACCAGACACUUUCAACGAAGCCAAAUUUAUCACAUUCAGCAUGUUGCUCUUUUGUAGUGUUUGGCUGUCCUUUAUCCCAACUUACCUGAGCACCAAGGGGAAAUCCAUGGUGGCCGUGGAGAUCUUCUCCAUCUUAGUCUCUGGUGCUGGGUUACUGGUUUGCAUUUUUACCCCCAAAAUUUACAUUAUUGUUCUGAAACCUGAGCUAAACAAUAGGGAACUCUUUAAGAAGAGGAAAAAUGAAAACACCAAUUAA